UUCGAGCUCCAGUUGUGAAUGGCUGCGUCUCGAAUCAGGGAACACUGUGCAGAGCUGUGUCGAUUCACAGCCGUUUUUACCUAGAUUUGGAUGUUUAUGAUACUUGUCUUCGUCACUGUCCUCAUUAUUUCACUCAAAUCAGCCAGUAAACUGGGUGGCAGCUCUUGGACUAAGAUCUCUGAACGCCGCUUCUGGUCAGGCGUUGAAAAUCAGAGGACGUCGUGGUAGACUUCGCUAGUAACAGCAAUGGAUCUGAAAAUGUGGCUGGAUUACUUUUGCCUGGCUCUGAUUCUUUACAACGCCGACUGCUCUCAAGCAGUACCUCCAGUGGUGCCUCCUGAGUGCAGUCCAGGGGGUCACACUGUUCUUCAGAACCCCUACCGGAGCACAAGUUUCACCUCUCAGCAGCUGCCCCAGUCUGCCCUGCAGGAGAAGCUCAUCUGUGACCACUCACUGGCUCCUGGGUGGUACCAGUUCCAAAUCUUUGAUAAACCAGCCCGUAUGCCCACCAAAUGUGUGGAGGUGAAUCACUGUGGAACCCAGGCUCCUGUUUGGCUCUCUCUGGCUGAGGGGGAGAGUCUCCCAGAGCCCCUAGAAGUAAAGCAGCUGACCGCUUGUGCUACCUGGCAGUUCUUCAAUGGACCCAGUAAGGACUGCUGUCUGUUCCGGCUGCCUGUGUCUGUGCGUAACUGUGGGGAGUUCUUCGUGUACCUGCUCCAGCCUACACAGGGCUGUAUGGCUUACUGUGCUGAGGAAAUGUCGGACUCCACACAGCCGAGCUGUGAACCAGCACGCAGGAAUAUAGAUGGAACUUGCAAUGAUAAGCAGCCCCCAUCUCCCUCAGUGCCUGAGAUCGUGGCUGAGCUGUCAGGAACCAGUGUGUACCUAAAGUGCAUGUUUAAUGGUCUCAGUGGGAACAGUUCUCUGGGUUAUGUUGUGACAUGGUGGCGUCUGUCCCCGGACAGCAGCAAAGAGGAGCUCAGGCAGGAGACCACCAUACAGACCUUUGCCUUCAUUGAGCUAGAUGGCAUCAAUCUGCGACUAGGAGACAGGAUCUAUUGCAGUUGCUCUAGUUUCUUUCUGGAUGUUCCAGAUGUACAGGGUCUCUCAGUGGAGAGUGAAGAGUUCUUUGCUGGGAUUCGGCUGAAGCCUGAGUUUGCCGCCAUCUCAGAGGAUGGGAAGGAGUAUGAGCUGGUGAUUGAGAGCACUGUGCCUGUGCCCUGCAUUUCAGAGACAUGCACACUUCCAUUACAGCUCAGCACCAGCAGCCAAGAUGAGGAGUCUUUAGGUGCUGACCUGGUCCUGUCCUCCUGUGAGGUGGAGCUGUCUCAGGCUUUAUGCCACGAGGGAGUGUGCAGUCAGGCGCUGCUGCACUACAGCCCAGUCACUGACACCAUCAGAGAUGGAGACAGAAGCACCCAGAUUUACAUUAAGCCUAUAGUUAACACCAACUUUCUCUGGAAUGGAUACACACCUCAAAACGUGCAGAUAAUUGUAAAAGACAUCCCACCUGCUUACUGUUAUGUUUUCACUGAUCCACACAUCAUCACCUUUGAUGGCAGGAGAUAUGAUAAUAUCCAGAUAGGCACUUUUGUGCUGUACAGGAGCUCAGCUCGGCCUUUUGAGGUGCACGUGCGUCAGUGGGAGUGUGCUAGUAUGACAGCCCACCCCACGUCCUGUGUGUGUGGCUUUGCAGUCGGAGAUGGGGGCAGUGUUAUCACUUUUGACAUGUGUAAUGGGUUGGCUGGAGAGACAAAACCACGUCUGACAGUGAAGAGUGGAAGCCUGGUGAAGAGCGGAAUCCGCAUCACUGAGUCCUAUCAGGGUCGCAAAGUCACUCUGUCAUUCUCUUCAGGCGCAUUUGUGCGGGCAGAUGUGGCUGACUGGGGCAUGAGCCUGACUGUGAGGGCCCCUGGAUCUGAUAGGGGCCAUACUGAGGGCCUGUGUGGAACCUUUGAUGGACGACCACUCAAUGACUACCACAAGGAGGGAGGAGAGGCCGUGGAAGACAGCACUUCUUUUAUUAACACAUGGAGGCAAACACCAAGCACCAGCCUUUUUGACAAAGUCCCACCCUAUGAAGGCACCCAGAACAUCCAGCCCUACUGCCACUGUAAUCAGGAGCCCCGCCAGUCAAGCCUUAGAGCCCGACCUCAGUUUAGCCCCUCCCCCUGCUCUCAUUUGGCACGCCUCCAUUCUCCUUCCAUCAUCCCUGCUCUGGAUGUCACAGUGGACUACAUCAGCUCUAGGGAGCCUUUCAGGGAAUCCCUUGUUCCUCUGGACAGGCUUAGACAAAAUCCUCAGACAUGGAGAGAUGGGACAAGCAUCCAAAACAACGCCAGGGGCCAAGGAAGGCGCCAGACCCACAAACAAGCCUCCUCCUCCUCCUCAGCCUAUCAGAGUCUAAGUCAAUCAGACCUGGAGGCCUUUACCUAUUUUUUCCCUGAGGACCAUGUUGUAUCUAACCAGCCUGAGCCGUCCGCACCAGCCUGGCCCACUGAGUCUGGCCUGACAGAGCCGGCUGCCCGGCAACUCUGCGAGGGAGCCCUGCGGAACUCCACUGCUGGACUGGGUUGUGGUGAUCUCCUGGCUGGAGUGAUGGAGCAGGCCCUUGAAAUGUGUGUGCUGGACCUACAGCUGAAGGAUGACCGGGCCUGGCUGGGAGGCACUGUGCCCCUGCUGGAGAACGAGUGUGAGAGGAGACUAGUGGAGGAGGUGGGAAGAAGGGAGGAGCUCCGCAGUAUACUAACGUUCCUCAGGUGCCCUAACCUUUGUAGUGGCAAUGGACAGUGCACCGAGCGGGGCUGCACAUGCUUCCCUGGGUUUGGCUCAUAUGACUGCAGCCUUGUCUCUGAUGAGUCCCCAGAGAUCACUGAGCUGGAGGGUGGAGGACUAUGUGAUGUUGGACACAGCUCCUGUUCUGCUGUCCGAGUUCUGGGACAGGGCUUCAGAAACGCUUUUGAACUGAAAUGUGAGGUUAUGAAGGAGAAGGUAGUAGAUGGUGAGUGGUCACUGGGUGAUCCUCUGAUGGUUCCUGCAUCGUUCCUCAGCUCUUCUGCAUUAGACUGUCAGCUCCCUGUAGAAGACAUGCAGUCUGCUGAUGGCCCACAUCCACCAGUAACUCGCUGGCAAAUCAAGGUUUCCAAUGAUGGCUACAGCUUCAGCAAUGCCAAGAUUCUUACUCUGUUUGAUGGAACAUGUCAAGAGUGCACACUCAGCAGUGGGGUUCACUGCACUUUGAAGAACAGAAGCUGUAACAUUGAUGGCCAGUGUUAUGGAGAAGCCGAGCGCAGUCCCAGCAGCCCGUGCCUUACCUGUCGGCCUGAGCUUGCCAAAUAUACCUGGUCCAUCAGUGAGAAAAACGAGCCUCCAGUGUUCCACUCAGAGCAAACCCACCUGCGGACAUUUUAUGGGGAAAACUUUGUGUACCAGUUUUUAGCCACUGACCCUGAAGGUUCUACAGUUCUGUUCACACUGGUGUCAGGACCUAGAAAUGCGGUUCUCUCUCCUGCUGGUUUGCUCAUUUGGAAAGCCCUGUCAUCCUCCCCUGUGACCUUUGAACUGGCCGUAACGGAUGACUGUAAUGCAGAGACUCAGGCCACAGUAGAGGUUUCAGUUCGUCAGUGUGAGUGCCAUCAUGGAGCCUCCUGUGUUACCAACAUUAACUUCCCUCCUGGCAGUGGAGAGUACCUGUGUGUGUGCCCAGCUGGUCUAGAGGGAGAGAGAUGUGAGACUGAUAAGAAUGACUGCAAAUCUAACCCAUGCCGGAGGGGUGAAUGUGUAGAUGGGCUGAACUCUUUCACAUGUCGCUGCCCAGAGGGUUUCACCGGUGUGAUAUGUGAGGAGGACAUUGAUGAGUGUCUGUUAGCUCCAUGUUUCCCUGGAGUUGCCUGUGAAAACACACUUGGGUCAUUUAAGUGUGGACCCUGCCCUGACCACCUCAUUGGGGAUGGAAGAAGCUGCAGCCGUAAAUCGGGCCUUGAUGUGGAUAGAGAAGACCUGGGAGCUGACAGGGGAGUUAAGUUUGGGCUCUCCAAACCCAACCUUGGGCGAGUAGCUCAGAGCCCAUGCUCCAGUCGGCCCUGUCAUCCAGGAGUCCAGUGCUUUGAGAGUGUGUACACGUCUGCUGGCUAUGUUUGUGGUCCCUGUCCCCCAGGACUCCAUGGCAAUGGGCAAACCUGCACCUCAAGAUCAGCAAACAGGCAAACACCAGGCACUAGAGAAAAGGACAGGCCUGAAGUCAUUUCCCCCACUUCCUCCACCUCUCAGAAAGCUGCUGAACCCUCUGUGAGAUCUGAAAGACCUCCCCCUAGCAAGAAGAGACCAUCGCUCACUAACAGAAAAACCUCUUUAAGCAGUACUGACCAGACUAUCGAUCAUUAUAAAGCUUCUGGGACUGGAGAGCAGCUGCAUGAGGAGGAAUUUGUGCCUGUGUUGGUUGAGGAUGGCAGGACUUGUGCAGACUCCCCCUGCUUCUCGGGUGUGGCCUGUGAGCCUACAUCCACUGGACAUUUCAAGUGUGGCCGCUGUCCCCAUGGCUAUAAUGGGGAUGGAAUCACCUGCAAAGCGGUAUGUCGCUACCAUUGUGGUGAGAACAUGGAGUGCACUCUGCCUAAUACUUGCACCUGCAAAGAAGGAUACACCGGCUACAACUGCCACAUUGCUGUUUGUCGUCCUGACUGCAAGAACAGAGGGAAGUGUGUAAAGCCCAACAUCUGUGAGUGCCCUGCAGGAUACAGUGGCCCAACCUGUGAGGAGGUGAACUGUGAUCCACCAUGUGAAAAUGGAGGCAGCUGUCUGUCCAGAAACCUGUGCACUUGCCCCUAUGGCUAUGUGGGGCCACGCUGUGAAAUUAUGGUGUGUAACAGACACUGUGAGAAUGGCGGGGAGUGUGUAUCUCCUGACGUGUGUAAGUGUAAGCCAGGCUGGUACGGACCAACAUGUAACUCAGCUGAUUGUAAGCCUGUGUGCCUGAAUGGCGGCACCUGCAUUAAGCCUAACAUCUGUGCAUGUCCCACUGGCUUUUAUGGAUCACAGUGCCAAAUAGCUGUGUGCAGCCCACCCUGCAAAAACCGCGGACAGUGCAUGAGAAACAACGUGUGCUCCUGUCCUGAAGGCUACACUGGCAAGAGAUGCCAAAAAAGUGUGUGUGAUCCCAUGUGCAUGAACAAAGGAAAGUGUGUGGGUCCAAACACCUGUUCCUGUGCCUCUGGUUGGCGGGGAAGCAUCUGCAACAUCCCGGUGUGCUUACAGAAAUGUAAAAAUGGAGGUGAAUGUGUGGGUCCGAAUACCUGCCACUGUCCUGCUGGUUGGGAGGGCCUGCAAUGCCAGAAUCCCAUCUGCAAGAAUAAGUGCCUCCAUGGAGGAAGGUGUGUGCUGCCCAACUACUGCCACUGUCGCCCGGGGUACAGUGGGCCCACCUGUGCCACUAGAACCAGAUGAUGAGAGAAGACCAGGAGACCAGACAGACUUGAGGAACUGGCUUUGAUGAAGGUCCUGUCUGUGGUCUACCUCAGAGAAACUACGAGCAGUUUAGUAGUGUGCGUAUGAGGGUGUUUGUCAUACAGACACUACUGUUCAAAAGUUGGAAUCACUGUUUUCAAAAAACAAUUUUGUUGCAGAUUCAUGCAUAUAGUUACUGAAAUAUGAUGCUAAUAUUACAGGUUUCAAAUGUGUCCAAAUCUCACUGAUCAAAUAACUAUUCAUACACAUUUUGUAACAAGAAAUGACUAAUGUGUCACACACACAUAUAUACACUCAAAUGCAAAACUUUGGGCGCUGGUCGAAUGACAUAUUUUGAUGGUUUUCUGAGGAAAAAUAAGUGAGCUCUUCGCCUCAUUAUCUCUACAGAGAACACACUUCUGCACAUUUUUAUGCACAGUUACUGUUUAUU